AUGCCGAGUGCAAAAAUAGCUCCUUCUCUUCUAUCAAGCGACUUCGCUAUUCUUGCUUCUGAAGCGGAGCGCAUGGUAAAAAAUGGUGCCGACUGGCUGCAUAUGGACAUCAUGGAUGGCCAUUUCGUACCUAAUCUUACGAUCGGUGCACCAGUUAUUAAAGCUUUACGUCGACAUACAAAUUCAUUUUUAGAUUGUCAUCUAAUGGUAUCAAAUCCCGAAAAGUGGAUUGAUGAUUUUGCAAAAGCUGGUGCUUCACUAUACUGUUUCCAUAUAGAGGCAACGGAGGCGCCAUUAAUGCUUAUCGACAAAAUUCGUAAAGCUGGAAUGAAAGUUGGGAUUGCUGUUAAACCUAAAACACCAAUUGAUUUGAUUUAUCCUUUGGCGGAUAAAAUUGAUAUGUGUUUGAUUAUGACUGUUGAGCCUGGUUUUGGUGGUCAAAAGUUUAUGCAUGAUUGUAUGCCAAAGGUGAUGGAAUUAAGAAAGAGAUUUCCUGGACUUGACAUCGAAGUUGAUGGAGGAUUGGCACCUGACACAAUAGAAGAGGCUGCUAAAGCAGGUGCAAAUGUAAUUGUAGCUGGAAGUUCAAUUUUUAAUUCCGAAGAUCCCAAAGAGGUCAUCACACAUUUUAGGAAAGUAGUUAAUACUGAACAAGGA